CUCAGCAGUAAGGCGGCUAUGAGCAGUAGAAAUAAGAAGAAUUUCAAGACAUAUCUACUUAUUUAAAGAUAAAAUGAUGGUAUUUUAGACAGAAACAUACAAGGAUCACCACACGAAGGAUUUAUAAACAGAUUUGAGUGUUUUUUAUUCCACGAACAGGAGUUUCAGAUGGAGAUAAAGUGUUUAUCUUUAAAGGAUCUGGUUGGUGUAAGGAAGAUUAUAACAGGCUCAGAUGAUACUGACAACAUGAAUGAACAUAAAGAGAACAUUUGUAUUGAGAGGAGAAUAAUGACGCCGUUGAAGUCUGAAUCUGUGACUGCACACAGCAGGAGAGUUUCAAGCCCAGACAUCACACACAUAACACCCAUCAAACAGUCGGACAGAGCCCACGCGGACCCCUGGACCCCCACGGCAAACCUAAAGAUGCUGAUCAGCGCGGCCAGCCCAGAUAUCCGGGACAGAGAGCUGAAGAAGACGCUCUUCAGACCCAUUGAGAAUGAGGAGAAGGUUACAGAAGAGGACGAGGACCUUGAAGACUCGUGUCAGUUUGAAAUAUUAGAUGAUUCUGAAAGGAGGCCGAGUCGCAAACAGAAGAGUCUGGGGCUUCUGUGUCAAAAGUUUCUGGCUUUGUAUCCUGAUUAUCCAGAAACCUCUGAGCGCAUCAACAUCUCUCUGGAUGAAGUGGCCACGUGUUUAGGCGUGGAGAGGCGGCGUAUCUAUGACAUUGUGAACGUGCUGGAGUCUCUGAUGCUGGUGAGCCGAAUGGCCAAGAAUUUGUAUGUUUGGCACGGGCGAUCACUGCUCCCGCAGACCCUUCAGGAGCUCCAGCGAGCGGGCCGAGAGCAGGGCUAUCAUCUGCAGAUGGACCAGAAAGACGGAAAUGGUCCGCAUGCCGCCCAGCAAACCCAAAACACACAAGCUCCUUCCAGUCGGAGAAAAGAUAAAUCACUGCGGAUCAUGAGCCAGAAGUUUGUCAUGCUGUUCCUGGUGUCCAAAACACGGACCGUCACACUGGAUACGGCUGCUAAGAUUCUGAUCGAGGAGGGUCAGGAUGAUUCCAGUCACAGCAAAUAUAAAACUAAAGUACGGCGCUUGUAUGAUAUCGCAAACGUCCUCACCAGCCUUAAUCUGAUAAAGAAACUCCACGUGCGAGAAGAGAAGAGCCGGAAACCCGUCUUUAAAUGGAUCGGACCUGCUGAUUUCCCAAGCGGCAACAGUGAUUCAGAGACUUUGGAAGUGUCACAAAUUCAGAUGACCACCACGGUCGUGGGAACAGGAGAACGACGGGAAAAGAUGGCUCGUCAUUCCUCUUUUCAGAUCGUUCACACCCCUCCUGUCAAUAUGAGGCUGAUAAGCUCCGCCCCCAGCACACCUCACAGAGGUGCCACAGAUGAGCCGGUGGAUUUCUCCAGGAAAGGUGUUAAUAGUGCAGCGUGUCGACUGCAGUUCGGAGACAGUGGAAGUCCUGGAGCGCCCUCUGUUGGACGGGCGUCACUCGAUGUGCCCCCCCAGCCUGAGACUCCAUAUGCAGCCCGGUUCACCCCGCAGACAUUGACGUACCUGCCUCAGACCCCCCUGCUCAUGCUGUACAGCAGCCCCGUCCCCGAGCGUAACGCGCACGGUCAGAGUUCACCCGUCUCAGGAGAUCAGAAAAAGCGAGAGAGGGAGGAUGACAAAGAUCAGGCUGCUAAAAGAAACAAAUGCUGUGCGUCUUCAGAAAGUGACACGGGUGAGAGUGAGUGUCUCACAAAGUCUCCGCUCAGCUCCAGAGAAGGUUCCCCCGGGAAUGGAUCCCUGAAUGAGGAAACCACGGGAAAACGCAGUCAUACAGAUUCCCUCCUUUCUUCUCAAUACCUAUAUGUUCCAAACACAGCAGGACUGAACGGUCUGAAUUUCCUCAUGCCGGCAGGGCAAACGCAGGGCGGCGUGCCGGCCGUAGCCGUGCCAUAUUUCCUGCUACCAUCAUCGCUCAUAGCAGGUGCAGUGCCUGCGUCCGGUGUGGAAGGAGCUGCCAAAACCGGUUUGAGUUUUCGUGUGCCCACUGUACUGUCACCCACCCGCUUUGUGAUGGCAGGUGGGGCGUUUGGUGUGCCUGAAAAGGAGAACGGCACUGAGCAUCAUGGGUACAAAGCACCGGGCUUCUUGCUGUCACCACAGGUGCACAGAAAACCGAGCCCUCAAACAGCACAGACUCCAUCAACACCAAAGGAAGUAGAAAUGGGGUCCAAAGCUUUCUUUCAGACACCCGGAUCACUAACAUACCUACAAGCGACACGCAAAAGAGGCUCUGCUAUAAGGAAGCUGGACAUCGAACACACCUCAGCCAAUUAAAUUCACAGCGUCAUACGUCAUCAUUCAUGCUUCUAUGGUGCUGCCAAAGAAAAACACGGCAUUACACGGUAAAGACUGGCUUGAAUAACUGUAUUAUCAGUGACGAUUUCACGUUUACUGACAGUAUCAGAUCAUUACAGGUAUUAAAACUCUAACUCAGGGUUCAUCGGUGCACGUCUAUGAGUUGGAGGUGUUAUGUGCCCUCUUUAGGCAUUAUUUUUAUUUCCCCCAUCUAAGAGUAUUUUGAAUAUCAACCCAGCAUAUUGAUAGUAUUUCGUUUCCAGUAUCAUUUCUAUCUGAUAUUGUUCAUUUCAGGGGCUGUAAUCAAUAAACCAGCCAGUCUAGCACUACAUUAUUUAAAAAUGUAAAUCGAAUUGAGGCCUGCACACAUACUCUACUUGUUGUACAUAAACCUGCAUUAGUAUUUUACACUUUAACAUCCAUCCGUCUGAACUGAAGCCAGCAUGCCUUAGAAAUCGCAGUCUUUGUGACAGAAUGAUACUUGACUGCGUUGACCUGAUACAGUAAUUAUGAAGAAACCCUCUUCAGUCUUUAUAAGAUUUAAAGUCAAAUUUGAUGUACAUUGAACAAAAUGAAUGUUACAGGAAAAUGUUUUUGGGGAUUUAGUAAUAAUAACAAAUAAUGGUUGUGAUUGUUGACAUUUUUGUUGAGUUUUGAGGUGUUACGUCUGUGGAACAAAUAGGAAAUGUAUACAAAUACUGAGACAUACUUGAAAUCCCAGUGAAUUUGAUCUAUGAUCACCGGAUUUACUAUCACAGUACUGUAUCACUUGAAACAAAGUAUGUUUAUCUAUUCAAUGUUUUAGAUUAGUCAUAAAUUAUUUUUUUAAAUUCGAGUUAAAUGUGGAUCGAAUUUUACACCACAGCGUGUAUUCAUUACUGUACAGAGUUAUUUGACCUGAAAUCAGCAUUGAAUAUUUUUGUAAAUGUGUUUAUUUCUGUACAUGUCACUGUUGAAAUAUCUUUGCUGGAUGUUUAGAGAUGUUUCAGCUUUUUAAGGAGGGCACUGCUGAACCUCUAAGGUGCUUUUGUGUGUCUGUGUGUGUGUGUCUGACAAAAUGCUUUAAAUGAUUAUUUUGUGUUGUAAUACAUGUGUCAUGUUUAGAUUU